CAGCAAUUAGGAAAAGAUCAUAAUUAUUUUUUUAAGUUUCGCCAAUAAGUAAUGUGAUAUCAACAUGUGAUUUCCAUAUAAACAAGAUCAACCUGGAACCAUGAUAAGUGAGAUAUCUUGGAGGGUCACAAAGAAGAUGAGAGCAUGCACUUGCUGGAUUUUUUGAUUGCUGUACUACAGAAGACUUCCAACGAAGAUGGACACAGAUGGUGAAGAUGACAACGAGGCUGUCUUCGAUUUCGAAGAACAAUAUGAUCACGAAGUAGCUGGAUUCUACUAUAGUGACCAUGACCAUAAAGCUGAUACUCCAUUCAUCACAGACUUUGAUCUAGAACCACCUUUAAGCCCAAGAUCAUUAAGUGGAGAUGAGGGUGUAUUGGGCAGGGUUGCCACAUCUCCUCAGUGUCGUAUAAAACAGGCACGGGAGCAAUUUUUCUGCAGUUCUAAAGUUGAACUAAAACAUAGUUUUUCAUAUCAUGGUGGUGCUCUCACAGAAUACAGUGAUGAAAACACUGAACAGUUACAAAACAAAAGUGUGGCAAUCAUGGAAAUAUAUGAAGAAAUGGAACAGAUAAACAAACAGAAAAUACAGAGACAGAUGUCUUUUAAGACCCCCAGGACACCAAGGACUCCCAUAUCUCCAGGUCCCCCAAGUGCAACAGCUAGUCCAAAAAUGCGUAUGGGUCUUGAACAUUUGGAUAACCUUGCCAGUCUAAUGGAAGAAUUGUCUCGAUUAAAAAAUGAAAAUGCCAAACUUCAACAGAAAUGUUCAUACCUAGAAGAUACCAGAGAUCUUCUAAAAGCUAAAAAUGAGAUUUUGUACAGACAAAAAGGAUCAAGUAAUAUAAUGACAAGGGCCUCAACUAUUGGGAAGUUUAUGAAAACUCAGUUUGACAGUGCUAUGUAUACAAGUUCACCUAAAGAUGUUGUUUUCAAUGAAUCUGCUGAUAAGAUGUAUGAAGUUGAAUGCUUUAAUGAAUCUGAACCACAAGGUCACCACAAACGUACUCAAUCUCUCGGCUCAUAUGAUCCUGAUCUUGAUCUACAAGAUUCUGUGAAGCCAAGAACCCCAAUAACUCCUGAAAAAGAGAAAAACAAACCUUUAGAAUACUCAAAAUCUAUGAAACAUCGAUCGAACAAGGGCUCCAUAGUUCAGAAAUCAUGGAAAAGUAUUAAAAGUGUGUUCACUAACAAGCCAGAGGCAGAUGAUUAUGAGGAUUAUGUCUCAACAGAUCAUUUUGAUCAGAGAAUCAUACACAAUCCACCAACUAUUGAACUAUCUGAAGUGAAAUCAGUUGACAGUGGAGUUGAGUCAGCUGGCAUGAGAAAAUCUGCUAGCUCAGCUUUAACAACUCCAAGUACUAGCUUAGCUGAUUCAGGCUCCCCUAGCCCUAGAAGUGAGCCUGUCUCAAUCCCUGCUAGUAAGGAUGAAGAUCUCUAUGACGGUGUCUGGAUGGGACCCCCAGGAUGGGAUGCAAGAAGAGGGAGUCUGGAGUCGAACUCAUCAGAUGCUUCAGACAGUUCUUCAUCUAUUGAAAUACAGCGAGUCUUCCUAAAGCAGAAUCGUAAAUCCUUAACAGGCCAUGAGAUUCAACGAUCUGAUAGUGAUUCUAAAAUUAAACCACAAGUGCUAAAACGAAGAAGAUCUAGUCCUGUACUAUUAGAUGCAACAGCUGAUGACCUUGAGGAAAUGGACACAGAAUUGGGCUCACCAAUUCUUGUACGGUCAAAUAGUCAGAAAAACCUUAGUACAACAGGUAGCCCACCAUAUGAUGGUCCAAGAAUGCAUCGCAGUCAUACGCAUAGAGGUCAUCGCAGUGCCUGGGGUCGUGUCAAGGAUAUCAUUCACAAUAGACGUGAUUCUAUCAAAAAGCGUGGCGGCCAAUCAGGUCGUUUACAAAAAUCAGAUUCAGAGCGUAGUAGUGCUGAUGUGUCUGAAUUUGAUAUUGAUGACUUUUUGGCACAUAUAGAUCAGGAGUAUGACUCUUCCCAGGGGCCCCAGCUUCCACAGCAGUCCCCUCCAAUCCAGGAUUCCCCCAUGCCUGAAAACCUCCCAGGAUCCCCACCAAAAUCUGACUUACUCAUUCCAGAAAGGAAUGUCUCAGAGUCUAGAGCAAAGUCAAAAAGUCCAGAGAAUAGUAUGUCAGGUCCUUCCCCAAAUGUGAAGAAGCGAAGACCACUAGCAAAACAGCACACGUCCACAGUGUUGGAAUAUGGGGGCCAUGAUAUGCAGGAGCUAAUGACGACCACAAAGCCAAGCCAAGGAAAGUCAGUGAACAUAGAGGCCCUAAUGGAUUCCAUCAAUCCAGAGUUUAACAAGAAGAUGAAAGAAUGGGAGGAUUUAAAGAAUAAACGUAUGAGCAUCUCAGCUGGUGCAUCAACAAUUCAUAGACCUCGAGCCACAGUUGAUGAUUGCGACAUGAACAGAUUAUCCAGGGACCCCAAGGCGCCACCCAUCAACUUCAAGGAGAUACAGAAAAGUCUAACAGAUAGCUUUAAUAGGAAGCUUCAAGACUGGGAAAAGAAAAAGUAUCGUAAAAGUCGUGAUUGUAGCCCAGGGGCCAUGCCUGUAGUUGCAGAAACAAAAUCUCCAGAACGAAGGGGAAGGAAAACUAAACGCUAUGAAAGUAAAAGUGCAAAAGCAAAAGAACGUGAGAGAGCAAAAUCAAAGGAAAAGUCUAGGGAGGAUAAAGAAAGAGAAAAGGAAAUUAAAAGACUUGAAAAGCAACAACAAAAAGAAUUAGAAAAGUUAGAACGACAACAGCAGAAGAUCGAAAAAGAGCGAAAGAGACUUGAAAAAUUAAAAGCUCUUGAGAAUGAACUCGCUGCUGAAGAACUUCAAGAAGAAGGAACAGUAAGGACAUCUAUUGGUAACCUUCCUAUUGAUGGACUCUCAGAAGAAUUUGCCAAAAAACUUCAAGAAUGGGAAGAGAUGCAAAAGAAGAAAGGGAUUUUAAUUGAUGAAAAACCAACAGGAGAGGACCCAAGUACCACAAGAUCUGGUUCACUAAAAGAAGGGACUCACUCAGAGCAUAAAUCAGUGAAACACAGGGCCUACUCCUCAGAUAGUUUGGUUAAUCUAGCCAGGGAGGGAUCCAUAGACAUACAGCUUGAAGACCUCAUAGCAGACAUAAAACCUCAGCCUGACCCAAAUGAAAAAGAGGCUUCUAAACAUACAAUUGAAAAUGAACUGGUUAAUCCUGAUGAGACUGACGCAAGGACAAUUAUGGAACAACCAAUAACUCUUAUUACAACAAGUGACUUAAACAAUGCUUUAAAUGCAAUAACAGAGCCUGUCAAUAAUAAAGAUACCUCUAAAAGUGCAAUAUCAGAAACUCCCUCUAGUCCAACACUUGAUAUACAACCUGAUAAAAAUGUUGAAACUAUAAAUGGAUGUUCACAAUCUUGGGCCAGCACUAGUGAAAUAAUUGAUAUCCCCUCAGGUCAACAGAAUGACUCAUCCUCUCGUACAGUGAUUGACUCCAUUGGGUUAUCUGGAACAUCCAGUGACUCUAAAGUGACCUCAACAUCUCCUGUUGUCCAAGAUGAGGCCUGCAAUACUGAAGACAACCUGGUUCAAAGCCAUGAGGCCAUUGUCACUUUGAAGGGUGUUAACAGAAGACUUACCGAGGAGAUAGAGGAGAAGGAGAGGUAUGAGAACAAUCUGAGAGAUGAAAUCAAAAGGAUUAAGGAAUCAAUAGAUAAUCUCAACCAACAGCACAACAAGGAAAUAGAGAGUUAUAAGAAAGAACUAUGGGCCAGUAGUAAGAUAGGAACAGCUGAAUUGAACAAAAAGGAAGUCCAGUCAGCCAUUGCUGAACUGAGGGAGAAACUUGCAGACAUUGAAAGACAGCAGAUGAGUCAAACUGACAUUAAGGAGUCUCCUAAUCAGAGAGAGGAUUCAGAGAUAGUAGAAAGAUUGAAACAGGAAAUACAAGAACUCCGACACCAGUUACAUGUAGAGGCAAACAAGAAUUCUACAAAAGAAGAUGGGGAAAAGGAAAAGGAUGAUUUUCCUUUCAACAAAGAAGAUUUCGAAAAACUUUAUGAAGUUGCUGUCAAUCUGCAGAAACAGUUGAGUGACUUAAGCCAAGGUGUAACUGAACGGAACAAGGUGAUACUGAACAUGAGAAAACAUCUACUCAUACAAGAAGUCACAAACAUGUUACUACAGACUGACAAUAAACGCAAAGAUAUUGAACUGACAGUUGCCAAAGAGGCCCGGAAGAUUGGGCUGGUAAAGAGAUGGAAGACAUUUGGGGGAGCAGACUAUUUCCUCAGAGCUGGGUUUCUAUCAUCUAUGGGUGUCCGUUCAGACCUGAAGACAAAAAGAACUGCUGAAGUAGAAUUUCAACAUGGAAAUAAGAUAGACACAAGCACAUAUAACACAUCUUGGCUGGACCAUCUCAAAGCAGUAGUUAGAGAAGCAAGAAUAAAGCAACUUCAAACUCCUUUACCAGAGAUUCACAAAUUUAGGGAUGCCAGUAGUAAAGCCCACCAGUGCGAUAUAGUUGAAUCAAUCCGCCUUGAGGAUCGUGCCACAUCCGAGCCUCCAACACCUAAAAAACUAAAACUUGAUGCUUUGAAUGAUGCACAAGACUCCUGCCCACUGAAUGAGUCAGAGACUCAGACAUCUAUGUCGAAUUUGUUAGAAUUUGCUGAGAAUAUUCGGAAGAAUAAAGAAGAUUUAGCAUCAAUUGGUGUUCAGACCUCACAGGAGUUGAGUAUUAAUGUUCACAAGACAAUUGAAAUCCCAGGCAUCAGUGGUAUUAAGUCACCAAAUUUGGAUGAUAAGGAGGCGAGGCGUGAAUUUUUACGACAACGACGGGAAUUAAGACGAUUGAGAAAAAACUCAGACAAAGAAACUGAUGGUAAUAGUGAAAAGGUAACCACAGAAGGAAAUGAUAGUAAAGAGUACAUCACAACUGAUACUAAAAAUAAAGAAAAACCUAGAGUUCUACCACUUUCAACUCCUAACAACUCUGGGCUUGGGUUGCCUUCAAGGGUGUCUAGAUCUCCCCCUCCAAGGAAACCUUCUAAUGAAACCAGUCAGCCACAUAGUUUAGGCAGGCAAGAUUCAUUUGGAUCUGAUAAGAGCACACCAACAAAUGACACCAAAGUAACAUUCACAUUCACUGUCAGCCCAGAACCAAGUCCUGAGCCACUUGAUAAAGGGAAAUCGGGAAACAUUGAAGAAAUUGAGUUCCGAGUAUCCUUACCCAGUCAGUCAUCUCCAAAACCUGUACCAUCCCCUAUAGAGAGCCCUAUUGGCAAUAAGCCUAUAUUAGGACUACGGGCUCUAGAAGAGUAUCACAAAUCAGCAGAGGCUAGAGCAGCUUUUAGGGAUUCAGACAAAUCUAGCUCUAUAUCAUCAAGUUGUGAGUCAAUACCCAUCAAAACACCCCCCAGUAAAAGGAAAGUCUCAGUUGAUGAUGCAUGUGUUAUAAAACAAGCACCCCAUAGCCCACUCAUCAGAUCUAAAAAUCCCCGUAAGUUGAAGAAUGAAAGUCAUAACAUCCACUCUGAUACUACAGUGGACAUGCGAACAUGGCAUGCUACCCCUCCUAAAAGACAUUUCCGCCACCGGAUAGUCUCAUCUGAAGAUAAAGCUCCAGUUCAAGAACCUGAUAUUCAAGCAGUAAAUACCAAAUCAGAACUUAUGUCAGUGUUUGAGAAAAGAUCUCGAGUAAUGCCUGAUAAGCGCUCUGUGUCACCUGUCUCCAGACUAAGGCAGAAUAGUCAGCCCCCAAUUAACUCUCAUAGCAAAAGUCGGUGGGAUCAUGAUGAACCAGCAAAAAAAGUUUCAGAAGUUGUCUCAACAUUUGAACAUCAAACUGAUUCAGAACUGAUUGUGAAACCAAAUACACAUUUGAGAUUAUGUAAAGUGCCAAGUCCUAAGCCACAAGUGUCACCAUCACCUGUGUGGAAGCUUAAAACUGCAAAAGAACUUAUACAAGAAAGUGCAAGAAAGAAAAGUGUGUACUCAAUGUCUGAACAUGAUAAUGAAGGAGUGAUUGGACACCGAAAACUUAUGGCUUCUACUUCUCAUGAGAGUAAAGUGAAUAAAGUUGUCAGACAGUUUUCCAGAGACAGUAGCACUCCAGAGUCAUCAAUCACAUCUCCCUCAAAAGACAGAAGUAUAUCAAGGGACACCAGUCGUUCCCUUUCAAGGGAGCGCAGCAUAAGUGGGUCACCCAAAGUGCAGAAUGUCAUCAGACGUUUGUCUCAAACACGAGAAUCUGAACAUCAGGUUACCAAACCUCAACUGAAAGAUCUUCCUAAUGAUGGUCAAGUGAAAAAAUUAAAAGAUACAUACAGUAAGACUGAUUCUGAAACAUCAGAUAAAAUGGAGAAAAAGGAUUCUCCAAAGAGUGUUCCAACGAGAAGGAAAUCCAUUGAAAUGCCCAAAGAUGGGACAGUGUCAAAAACAAAAGGAUUGUUUCAGGUGAAAACCAAAUCAGAUUCAAAUAAAUCAAACUCACAGUCUUCAUCAAGAAGUUCAUCAAGAUCAUCAUUAGUUGUAACAAAUCCUAAAUUAGACUCUACUAACCCUGUUAUAAAUGAGAAUAUUGUCUCAACAUUGAGCAUAAACAUUUCUCCCAAACCUAAAAGUGAAGAUACUAGCAGCGAACAUUCCAUGCAGCCAACUGACUCCAGUGCUCCAUCAACUCCUGUGACUUCAAAACUAAGUACGCCAAAAAGUAAGAGAAUAUUUCAGUUCUCACCAAAAUUGAGAUUCAAGUUACGGCGUGGUCAACGGCCAAGAAGCACCCCUGAUGCUUUACCUGGAUCAGGAGCCAUUGCUACUCUUUGCCAGCAGACUAUCACUCUAAGUAGUCCUGUUCCUCAGCAGGACCCUGUAGGUAGGACUCAGUCAUCUCCUGCAACUCUCCCAGAUACAUCUGAGGCUACAAAAUCACAGACUUUACCAAGAUCUGUAAAACCCAUUGAUGCAGAGACACCUCCUAAUGAUUCAACAUCGUUAACCACUGACAGUAUAGAUGGAGCUAGUGGUGGGAGUGAUCCACCUGAGAGACGGAGACGGAAGUUCAUUGACUCAACCUGGCUGCAGAAACCUAAACGAUUUUUUCGCAUUACAAAGUGCUGAAUUAGAAAUCAGACCAUGUAAAUUGUUAUAUACAAAGUUCUUCAUCAAAGUAUGUUGCAAGAACGAUCGACUAGAUUACCCCUGGAUUCACCAAACUCAUCCUAUCAGAGUUGCAGAUCUCACUCUAGAAGGAUGGUUCUGCUGUGCCUCUGUCGGAUGGCUAACAGUGAAAAUGAUCAGUUGUAGUCAAGAGGAUUGGUGAACUAGACAAGAUAACUUCUAGUAGUGAAUCUAUUUGUGAUUUAAUCGUAGAUGGAUGUGUAUAUUUCAGGCCCAAUUAAUAGCACAUAUUACUAACUGAUGCCAUGACAAUUUGUGAUGUCCAUAAUAGAUAUUUAGUUAAUGGUAUGAAAUACCAGCUAUAUGAUUGAUUCUAAUAAUAGUCACUGAGCUGAUUUCUCUAAGAGCUAUAGAUCAGGAGAUGGUUGUCUUGGUAUCUGCCACAAAAACUAGUUACUGUGAGGACCAUCUUUUGACAUUUUCCAAUUUCUGUACUCACUUUUUUAAUCAUUCAAUAAAUUUUUUUAUCAAAGUCUAUUGAUAUCAUACAUGAAAUGCAGUGAAGUGAUAAAAAGUUAUAUAUAUAUAUAAAUUUUCUUUAAAGGCAACCCUGUGUAACCCAAUAUUAGAGGCAAAGGGCAGUACUUCAAAUGGUAUAUUCAUUUUUUGUGGCAGAACACCAGACAACACUUACUUUUUUGAGCAGCUCCUGGACUAUAAUAGCAUAUGUACUGUACAUAUACAUAUGGUCUUAUUAUUGCUUAAUUAGGACUUUUUGUACAGUGCUUUCCUUAAAAUGUGGUACAUAAUUCUUUUUACAAUGUUUAACAUGACUUAUAUGAUGCUGGUACCAUAAUAUGCAUAUUUUGCAGAGGCACAUUAAACUGUAAACUACGGCAGAAGCAUUUUUGUGCUACUCCAUAACCCAUGACUUGUGUUAAUGUGCAUUCAUUUUGUAUGUGGUGCUACCUGUGCAUAUUUUAUGACUUGCGGAAUAUGCAGAUUGUUCACAGAGUAACUGAUUGAAUGUGUAUGACAUAUCAGUUAAAUGAUUAUUAUUGCUGCAUUUGUCAAUAUUCAGCUGCAGUUUGUAGAACUGUAUGAUAUACAUGUAAAGGCAGUCAUUGUCACUGUAUUAACUGUGUAUUUUAAGAU